AUGGUGCUGUUCACAUAUGCCAAACAACUCGGCCGUGCUGUAGUAUUGAAAAAGGCUUCAACCCUCCUCUUCAAACCCUCAUUUGUGUUCAGUGCCUGCCGCCAAUUCGCAACCCCGCUCUCUGCCUUUUCCUUUAGAAGAUUCAAUACUUUCUCAGGGGACAAUUCUGAGAGCUCCACAUCAGAAGCUACACAAACCUCUUUCAGCAACCCAGACACCGAUCUUUUCAUUGGAGGUGUUGACUGGUCAGCUACCGAAGAAGACAUAAAAGGAUUUUUCAAAAAUACUGGAGGAGUCGUCGGUGUAAGAAUUCCAAAAAACCUCGAAGGAAAGUCAAGAGGUUUUGCCUUUGUCAGAUUCGAAAACGCUGAAAAAGCUAAAGCAGGCCUUCAGUUAAGUGGAAAAGAAUUUCUGGGAAGAAUGGUCAGAGUGUCAAAGAUUGGGGAGAAAAACGAGUCAGUAAGCUGCAAAAUAUUUGUCGCAAAUAUUAGCAACACAAUUUCUAACGAAAUGCUUACCCAGCAUUUCUCGCAGUACGGACAAGUUCUCACCUCAAAAAUUGUGACUGAUUAUGAAGGGAAACCUAAAGGAUUUGGCUUUAUUGAGUUUGCUGCUCCUGAAGAAGCCAAAAAAGCAUUGAGUUCUUCAGGUGUUGAGCUUGAUGGGAGAGCUUUAGUGGUAAACGCGUCGCUGCCAAAAUCAAAAUUACCGAGACGUGACAGUGGAGAUAGAUAUGAAAAAAGAGACUUUGCUGGAAGAGAAAAUAGGUAUGGGGAUAGUGAAAGAGAAAAUAGGUAUGGGGAUUUUGAAAGAGAAGAUAGAGGUUAUGGAAGAAAAGAUAAUUAUGAUAGAAGAGAUUAUGGUAGAAGAGAUGAUAGAGAAGGCUAUGGGAGAAAAAGAGAUUAUUAA